AAGUGUGUCUUAAUAAUUAGCGACGUUCAGGGUGGGCAUACGUGGUCCAACCGUUAAACGAGUUUAGUUAGUUUUCGUUUGGGUUUUACAGGGGCCUCUGUGAAUAGCUCAGUCUUGUAUUUAAGCAGUCUGACAAAAGUUUUAGUGAGCUUUAAAACGAGUUUUUACAUUUGUUUUGAAGCUUGACACCCUGAAGGCUACUUGUCGACCAACAGUAGUUCCCCACCAUUGACUUCCGAAAUUGUAAGUCCAGCGCCCUGUACCCCUCAGUAAUUUCUCUUUUAGGUUUAAAACGUUUAGUCAGAUGCUUCUUAGUGCAGAGCUGUAGAUGCCCACAAUGAGACUACAAACCCUGGCACUGAGAGCGCUGCUAUUCCUGGGGCUUUGGCAGACAGGAAGGAGAAGUCUCGCCUCAGCCCCAGAGCUGCAGGAACAGCCUAAGAAGAUAGCUGUGGUUGGAGCAGGAAUUGGCGGCGCAGCGACAGCAUAUUACCUGAGGCAAGAGUUUGGACCUGGGGUCAAGAUCGACGUGUUCGAAGAUGGCAGUGUUGGCGGGCGACUUGCGACGGUGAAGAUCGGAGAUUAUGAAUACGAGACGGGAGGCUCAGUGAUCCAUCCUCUGAACCUACAUAUGAAGCACUUUGUUGAUAAAUUGGGUAUUCCUCAGAGAAAAGACGUCCCCUCUAAAAUGGCGAUCUUUGAUGGAAAGCACAUCGUGUUUGAAGAGAGCGACUGGUUCAUAGUAAAUUUCUUCCGCAUGCUCUGGCGAUACGGGUUGAACUUUCUUCGAAUGCAGAUGUGGGUGGAGAGUGUUCUGGAUAAAUUUAUGAGAAUCUACCAGUACCAGCAGUAUGGCUACUCAUUCUCCACCGUAGAGAGGCUGUUGCAUGCCAUGGGAGGUGAUAGUUUCCUCACUCUGAUGAAUCAGACCCUGGAGGAAGCCAUGAUGGGAGAAGGAUUUACUCAGGUCUUCAUCAAUGACAUUGUUGCACCAAUCACUCGUGUCAACUAUGGGCAGAGUGUCCGCAUCAAUGGCUUUGUGGGGGCGGUGUCAUUAGCAGGGGCAGAUUCAGGCCUGUGGGCAGUGGAUGGAGGCAAUAAGAAAGUUUGCUCAGGACUUCUUUACAACAGCAAAAGUGAGCUCAUCCCUGCUAAAGUCACCUCCAUUUCAGUGAAAGUUCGACCGUCUAAGAGAGGCACCCCUGUCAGUUUAUACGAGAUUAACUAUGUUGACCAAUCAGGAGCUGCACAUUCCCUUUAUGAUAUCGUGAUAGUAGCAACGCCUCUUCACCAAGGGAAAUCUGACAUCACAUUUUCAGGCUUUUCCCCUCCAAUCCCUUCUCACUACCCCGGGCGCUACCACCAGACGGUCGCCACUCUUGUCCACGGCUUGCUCAACAUGUCUUACCUGGGGACCACAGAAGCUGCCUCAGAGUUCACCGUGUCUGAUGUCCUCACCACAGACUCAAACGGUUCCAUCAUCAACAGCCUGAGCUCUCUGGAUCCUGUGCACAUCCCCAAAGGUUACAAGCGCCCCCCUGCUAGCCAAGCUAAUGUCUGGAAGGUGUUCUCCAAAAAGCCGCUGUCCCAGGAGCAGCUGGAGAACAUGUUCCUCUCCUAUGAUUCGGUGUCUGAGACCAAAUGGCUGGCAUACCCUGCGUACCAUCCGCCACACCGCCAGACCCCUCCUUUCAUCCUGCACCACCGGCUGUACUACCUCAACGCUGUGGAGUGGGCAGCGAGUGCCAUGGAGAUGAGCGCCAUCGCUGCCAGGAACGUGGCCCUGCUGGCACACCACCGCUGGCACGAAGAAACCGGCAAGAUCGAUCAGGAAGACCUGCACACGCGCCUGAGAGGAGAGCUCUGAAAAGUGAGAACUACUUGAGAGUAGAAUCAGAAGCAAUAAAAUAAGAUCAGUCGA